GUCUGCCAAGCACUCUGGAAUGGAUGAAUAUGUCGAGACAUUUAGAGCUUUGAAACUAAUAAAAGAUAUUUAAAAGCAAUUUUAAAGGAAACAGCAAGUAGUGAGUAUAUUUUCAGAAGGAAAAGGACUUUUAUUCUGUAUUCACUCUCCAGGAUGUGGUUUAGCGGCACAGCUUGUUUUUGCCGAAGAGGGUUAAUGAGAUGAUUUCAGUUUGGGCCAGUACAGUUGAUAUAGUCUGUCCUGAGUAUGAUAAACGACUGAUUUACCAACAACCAGUUAGUGGAAGAGAGAGUUAAUUCUCUGUGUAAAUAAUUACGCUUGUUGCGGUGUUAUAUCCAGGAAGCUAGCCAGGAUUAGCUAAAGAUCGACAGAAACUGGAGCUACAGUAGGUAACUAACAGGGUUCAGCAUUUUCUAAAACCUAAGGUUCUUUGUAGACCAACCAUAGACUUUCUGGACUAAAGAAAAUCCUGUUGUCUCUUGAAGACUGACCAGAGAUGUUUUGGGCUGAAGAACAGCAGAUUCGGCCACAUCCAAGUUAUUUGAGAAGACCUCGCUAAUUGACUGGCUACCUCGCUAAAGUAAAUCGCUUGUUAUGUUGACAUGGAUAACAUGGACAAAGGGGAUCAGGAGAGACAAACAAUGGACGAAAAACUAGAUUCAUUCAUCUCUACACAGCCUGCUCAGACUGGUUUGCAGGUUUCAAGCGAUGUCAUCUCAUCAGAAAAUGAAGCUGACCCUAUUGUAGAGGAUAUUUUUUCUGAUGAGGGAGGGGACAGGACAGUUCAGAGUCUAAAUGGACACACUGAGGUGCAUUUGGGGGACACUAUUUUAGAGGAUGCCACACAACUGCAAGCAGUUCCUUUGGACAUUCAAAAGGAAGAGAUUCCAGAUUUUGACAAAUCUGUCAGUGCCGGCAUGUCAGAAACAGAUUCUGGUAAAGUGUCUGAAGACUCUGCUCUAGUUGACAAUGGCCACGAUGACUCUGGUGAGUUUGUAGUGGCCGUGUUAGCUCGGGGGAAGCUGGAAGAGCAGGGGAUGGGUUUAAAGGGCACAUCCUCACCCCUCUCUGAAACAGGCACUGCUCUUGGGGCUUCAUCUCACCGUGAUGAGGAUGUAACCACAGAGAGCUGGCGGCAGCACCGCAAGCACGUGUUUGUGCUUAGCGAAGCAGGGAAACCGAUCUAUUCUCGCCACGGCAGCGAGGAGGCCCUGUCCUCCACCAUGGGAGUCAUGAUGGCUCUGGUGUCCUUCGUUCAGAGUGGAGACAAUGUCAUUCGUUCUGUUUACUCGGAUGAGCACACGGUGGUGUUUAUGCAGCAGGGCCCACUGGUGCUGGUUUCCGUCUCCAACAGCCGUCAGUCUGAGCAGCAGCUGCGGGAUGAGCUACUUUACGUCUAUAACCAGAUCGUUAGCAUGCUGACACAGGCUAGUAUCACGCGCAUUUUCGAGCACAAGAAGAACUACGAUUUGCGGCGCCUGUUGGCCGGCUCGGAGAAGAUUCUGGACGGCCUGCUGAACCUAGUGGACUCGGACCCAAGCUUUUUGCUCUCAGCCAUCCACUGCCUGCCAAUUUCUUCUUCUUUCAGGGACUCUCUCAGCCAGAUUCUGCAGAAGGCCAUCACUCCAAACCUGGUUUUCUCCAUCCUCAUCGCUAAAAACCAGCUGCUGACCAUCGUCCAGGAGAAAAUGGUCAUUGAAGAUGCCCGGCUUGACCCUGCUGACCUCCACCUCUUGCUCAACCUCAUUGGCGCCUCUUCGGCCUUCCAGGCUGGAGAAAUCUGGACCCCUAUCUGUCUCCCCAGCUUCAACCCGGACUGUUACUUUUACGCUUAUAUUUCAUAUCUGGACCCGCCCGACUGCACUGUCUGCCUGCUGCUGCUGUCCACGGACAAAGAGGCAUUUUAUGCUGUGGCAGAGUGUAAGAGAAAGAUAGAGGAGGCCAUGCUGGCCCAGAAUGCUUUGAGCUCCAUAGCCAAAGCCCAGUCCUACAGCGUCAGCCAGGUGGGGGUGUCUGAUCUAAGGCAUUUUAUGUACAAACCCUUUGAUGUCCCAGACAACCACCGUCAGCUAACACAGUUCACCAGCCCAGAGUUGGAGGCCCCAUAUAGCAGUGAUGAGGAGAAGCUGAGGCUGCUGGACUUGUACAGAGAUUUACACAGCCGAAUACACAGCAACUCACGCCCACUCAAACUCAUCUACCAUGUCGCUGAGAGAGAGACGCUGCUGGCCUGGGUUACAAGCAAGUUUGAGUUGUAUACAUGCUUCAGUCCGCUUGUGACAAAGGCCUGCGCUAUUAACGCCAUCACAAAGUUGCUGAGGUGGGUAAAGAAGGAGGAGGACCGGCUGUUUAUACGGUACCCACCAAAAUAUUCUACCACCCCAAACCCUAAAAGCUCCAAAGGAGGUAAGAGCAGUCAGGCAGACUCUGCAGAUAACGGCUCCCUGCCUGUCCUCUAAGGAGCAGCAUGGUCCUGCCUUACUCCAGUGACCUCUACUGACCCCAAUCACCCAACCACCCCUACUGACCCCCCAACACUUCUGCGUUUCAGAUACACACAGACUGCCCUGAACGUCAUGGAUCUGACCGCUGCACUAUGUCCAAAUCCUCAGCAGCACUGUGGAAGACUAGCAUCUUUCAAUUUAGUAAACAGAACUCAAAUGCUCAGUUUGUGAAGAGAAUACUUCAGUAUUUGUCUUCCUAAUCUCUAUCUACUGAAUUAUACAGAUUUACAGGUUAAUAUAUGAAUGCCUUUGAUCAAAAGAAUUCAUGAAAGUGUUCUACAAAAAUACGUGUGUUACAUAAACAUUUACUGACAGAAUUCAGUAACUGCCUAUUAACUUUGUUUUCUAAAUACAGAAUACAGACUAAAUACACAUGAAAAAUCUAUGAUAAUUGACCAUGCACUAUAGAUGCAGCUGAUAGAGAUUAGACUGAAAGUCGCUGGUGUAUUCCUUUAAUGUUUAGGAUAUAGUCAGUAAAUUAGACGUAAUUCAAAAUAUUAUUUUAGUGAGCUCAAAAAAGACUUUCCGAUUGUUUGAAUGAGGUGUUCAUGGACUGGAUUUUCUACAUGGAUUUGUUUUGUUGAAAUGAUAAUCCAAACACUUUGUUAAAUAACCUCUCUAGUUUUGCUAGAGUUUAAGCUAUAGAUCAUUUUUUUUUACUAAUUCAAAUCAUGGUGUACCCCUAAAGCACUGUGGCAUUCGCAUUCCAGACCAAGAUAAUUUUGAUUGAAUUGCUGCCCCUAGCUAAACUUAGUGAGUUUAAGGCUGAACUAUACAUGAAAAUUCCAAACAUUUCUAGACACCUGUUCAUUCAGCUGCUCUUCUGAAAUCAAGGGUAUUAAUUGGGAGUUUGUCCCCAUGCUCUGCAGUAACAGCCUCUACUCCACUGAGGAGGCUUUACACUAGAUGUUGGAACACUGCUGUGAUGAUUUUAUUGCAUUCAGCCGUACAAAGAUUAGUGAGAUCAGAUAGUUACUGAUGUUGGAUGCUGAGUUCUUGAUCCCAAAUGCCACUCCAACUCAUCCAGAUGGUUCUCAACCCUACAAAGAAUGCAUUUCUGCUUCUCUACAGCUGAAUCCUGGAAGCUUUAUAGCCCUCAAGCAGAUGCUUGGCAUUGGGCGCAUGGCCUUAGGCUCAUGAAUGGCUGAUCCAGAGACCAUGCUGUUGGCAAUGCUCCAAUUCUGUGGAGAUUGUGUGCGCAAUUGAAUGCCUGUCAUGGGGCUGUACCUUAAAGUUGCUGAAUGCACUCAUUAGAAGAGGUAUCUGGAUAUUUUUGGACAUGCAGUGUAUUUGUUCACAAACAUUGUUCACAUGCAUCAUUUUAUUGCAUAAAGGAGAGUUUGAUGCAAGAGCCUACUGUAGGAAAUAAUGAUUAUAUCUGGUCACAUGGUUCAUAUAUGACCAGAUACAACCAGUAUUUCAUAACAUUGCCCAAAUUUGUGUCCCCUUUUUUUAAACCAAAGACCUUCUCUUGUAGCAUAAAUGAGUAAAAAUGACCCUUUGCAACUGUAGCUGGAUCAAACUGUCUUGCUUACAGAUAAAAGGUAUUUAGUUACAGCUACCUUGGUACUUGUCAGUAAGUACCAUAUUUGUUCUUGAAAUGUUUUGAUUCAUUUUUUCUUUUCUUUUUUUCUUCUCCUACUGUGCAACUGAAACGGGUCUGAUGAGUUUAACAACUGCUUAUUUCCAUUUAAACUGAAAAAUAACUUAUGAUUUUAUGAUAUCAAGUGUAUUUAAGUACAUUUUUGACUUAAAUUAUCUUGUCACUUCAUCUCAGUCUUAUGGUAUGUAUUGCUAUUGUAAAUUGCUAGCAAUAGCGCAUUCUGUUAUUUACCACAGUUACAUUACACUUCUGGCAUGUACAAACAGGCAAAACGUGUUUAAAACAUUAACUACUUCAAGCCAUAAUGACAAAUGGCUUAAAGAAUAUUUUUUUGUGCUUGACUACCAUUGACUGGAGACGUUACAUAAAAACAUCAAAGAUAACAAACCAUGGAAACAGUAAUGCGAAAUAUUUGUGUUCUCAAUGUUUUCUCUUCUGGAACCUCUGGGUCUGUUCUCAACACUUCUGUUGAGAAGAUUGGUGCUGUAAUAAAUCUUUAGGUUGCUCAA